AUGUCGUCUGCUGCCUGUAUCUUCUGCAAAAUCAUCAAGGGAGAUAUCCCUUCCUUGAAGCUCUUUGAAAGCGAGAAAGUCUUCGCCUUCCUCGACAUCCAGCCCUUGAGCCGUGGCCACGCGCUUGUCAUUCCCAAAUUCCACGGCGCAAAGCUGACUGAUAUCCCCGACGAGGACUUGCUUGAGAUCUUGCCCGUCGCGAAGAAGAUCGCCAAGGCCAGCGGCGCCGAGGAUUUCAAUGUCCUGCAGAACAAUGGAGCAAUUGCGCACCAGGUCGUUGGUCAUGUUCACUUCCACAUGAUCCCGAAGCCCAACGAGAAGGAGGGCCUGAUCAUUGGCUGGCCUGCCCAGGAGACGGAUAUGGCUAAGCUCAAGGCUCUCCAUGAGGAGAUCAAGUCGAAGAUCUAA